AUGGGUAACGAGCAGUCAGUUCCGAACCGAAGGCUGUCCAAACCGAGGACAACUUCCUCCGGCAACUUGUUGAGUCAAAUCGUCCCGAAAACACCAAGUCGACACAACUCACAGACGAGAACCCCUUCGAAAUCGCGAUAUAGUUUAUUUUCAGGUUCGACGCCGAGUCCAGGUCCAGAUCCAGAGGAGCCGGUACCUGUGGAAGAUGGCCAGGAGCCACGGCGAAGACGAAGAGAUUUAUUCAGGUCGAGAAGUUCGCAAGCAAAGAGUCGAACUCGCUUAGACGAUCCGGUGAUACCUACCGAGGAUGUCCCAACUCCAGUCGAGUUGCCGGUGCGCAGAUACUCGGUUAACUCGAACUUGACAUAUGCUCAACCGACACACGAUUUCCAUACGUCAAGGCAAGUUGAAAACCGGGAUUCAGAGAACGCAAUUGACUCUGGAACCAGGCCGACUUUCAAUACCCGCGCAUCUUUGCAGCAUGUUCCCUAUCCAGGACAUAAUUCCAGACUCUCGUUGGUAGCCGAAGUUCAUUCGCCUCUACCCGAGCCAGGCGAGUUUACAAGGAGAUCACCAACACGAAGAUAUUCAUUGUAUAAUCAGGAGAGCGAUGUGCAGGUACCAACCCCUCGUCUCUCUCUCUCUAGCCGAACGAAUUCGGAUAUCACGAAUUAUGGGCCAAUUCGACGACGAUCUUUACUCCAGCCAGGAAUUGUAACAAGAAAGCCUGUGGUCGGGAAUGAUUGUCGUCAAUCGUUGCCGUCUCAAAGAAAAUCCUCGCCGCAGUUGGAUGAAAAACUUCAACGUCUCUCCUAUGACAGCAAGUCGAGAAAUCCCCCCGUUCACAACUACGACCUUCCUUCACUUGAACCAGCCAUACGGCCCAGUUCUCCCAAUCAACGUGUCCAAACUCCGAAUUCCUUGGAUUACGGGCAUAUUGGAGAUUUCAAAUUAGGUACUCUCAGAAUCACCAAUGGACUUGCAAGCCCCACGCCCAGCGAUAAGACCAGGCCAAUUACGGCAAAGGAUGAAGAGGAUUAUUUAACAAAUGGAGGUGAAUACAAGGAGACAAAUCGUCCACCUCGACCCAGUCGGAGAAGUAACACUCUCCCUUCUGAUACCAUCAUCGCACCUUGGGUUACGGUUCGACCAGCUUCGCCUUUGCGACACGUACAAAGGGCAGAAAAAGGACUACUGACAAUCGAGACUCGAUUGCCAUUACCUGAUUCUUCACUCUCGCAAUACAAGUUGAGAAACAAACAGUCUCCUAACAAAUCGGAUCCUAACCAAGAAGACACCGAGGAUAUGAUCCCAACGCCAUUUUCUUUUGACACCUCACCAAUGUCAUCAGGAUUUCAAGUUACUAGCAAGAAUACUGCUAUGGAGGAUGAUUUAUUUGAAACCGAGACUGAUGCGCAACCGGAGACAGCUGAACUAGUACGCACAGGAGCGAGCUCAUAUGAUUCUGGUUAUGGAAGCAAUGAUAGUCCAUUGGCAACAAAAUCUUCCAAGGACGAUUUAUCCCCUAAGUCUUUGGAGAAAGCAGAUAGUGGAUAUAGCUCCAAUUUGUCCCUAAGGUCUUUCAACAAGAACCAGAAUGCGCCCAUGGUUCCCGCCAAAGACUCUCAUAUGUUAAAGGUAUCUAGGAUUGCUUCCAACACGAAUUCCGUGUCUUCGGCCUCAGUAUCUUCUACAUUGAGUAGUAAACGAUCGUUGAAAACUCUUUUACAAGGAAAAUUGCUAUCUCGAAAAUCUUUCGAAUCUAAUCACAAUUCAAAAGAAACAUCGCCAGCUCCAGUAACCCCUCAAAAACAAGCUCCUGCAUCACCUUCCACGGACUCGAUUACACUAGUCAAAACUUUAGAUGUCUUCAGGCCGAAUGUGCCACCUAAAUCCGAGUCUCGCAUGCAGUUUUUAGCACAACAGAAGCAUAAGCGCCAACAGAGUUUGCCUAACCAAGCUCUGCCGAACCCUCAAUUGAAGAGUAGCUCUUCAGGGGAACUUGGAAACAAGAUACAGAAGCGUCCGCAAAUCAUCCAAACUGCCCACUCCGAACCAGUUUAUACGGUUCAGGCUAUGCCUGGGAACAAACUGAGCGCUCCUCCUGUUCCACAAGAUACGGAAAGACAUCUCGAAGAACGUGUUGAUGCGUUCCCUGGCGCUGCAUUCCCUAAUACGUUUAACCGGUUUUCCGCCCUGCGUAAAUCUUCCAGCAAAGAGACUCUGGGAACGAUUUUUUCUGUUGGAAGUGCCGAAGUAAGGGAAGAGAUUAAUUUCGCUCGACUUCAAGGGAAAUUGCCUGCCAUACCUUCUCCCAUCGCAGAGAUCCCAUCGCGCAAGCCAGCACCCAAGCAGGAAAUCAGACCGCGAAGUAAUCGCAGAGCAACGAUACAGCCAGCUUCCAACCCAGUCCCAACCUGGAAAUCGGUUGAGGCACGAAGAAGACCAUCGUGGACUCGUUCACGAGAGUCGAUUGUCCCACCGAAGAGUGCUGAAGAAGAGGAGGAAGAGUUCGAGGCUCAAGUGACUUCUUUCGAUGCCAUAUCAUUCUCUCUCGGCAAAUCCCCAUAUGACCUUGCUUGUGUUGCGAAUGCUAUUACCCGACCAGCUAGCACAGGAGCCGUAGUCAGAGCCCGAUCUUCGACCGAAAUGUUUGAAGCUGGCACUGCAGAACGACUCCAAAGACGAGCUGUCUCGGAACAGACGCAGAGCUCGGCUACUCUGCAAAAUCGACACUCCUUUGGCUCCAUGAAAACAAGCCAUCAUGUUUCUUCCGGACCUCCUGGUCAUGUACGUACCAACUCCAGGGAAGUACCACCACCAGCCCACAACAACCGAAGCUCAUGGAAAACACACCCCCAAAAGCCCCAAGAACCCCCCACAUCAAUAUCAGAAGGGGGUGGAAUCCCCAUUCCAGCUCGGGAGAUGAGACAGAGAAAGCCACCCGUCUCCAUGCAAACCCAAGGCAAGAUGUCCCGUCCACGGGCACAAUCCAACGGUCAGCCUACCCCAUCUCCAUCAUCAUCCGAUAGACGGUCACCCCAACCCUCCUUCGAACCCAAACAUCCACCUCCACGAGACAACGAACAAGAAGACCACUGGGCCACCCAAAAAAACUUCUGGGCCGAACGCCGCAAAUCCGCCGGCGAAGCCUUAUCCGCACGCCAGAGCAUGGAACUCUCUCGACCGGGUAGCAUCCGUACGCGCGCCUCACCCUCACCAUCGAUGGAAGCGCAGCGUGAAAAGAUGGCUCAAGGGAUGGGGAUCCCUCGCGCGAGCAGUGCGAGAGCGGAUGUAGGAGGGUGGGGGAAUAGCAAGGCUUGGAGUCAGGUGGUUCCUCCGCGGGUACUGCCCGAGGGUCGACAACCGAAGAGACUUGAGGAAGUGAUACCGUACCAACCGUGGACGGGUCACUCGACGGGUUCGCAUCGGAAUUUCUCGCCGUCGAGUCGGUGGCAGGAGAUGCAGAGUCCGUCUUCGUAUCAUCACACUUACGGCUCGGAAUCCCAGGCUCAACUUUCCACUUCCCCGUCGCAAGUUUAUUACCCCCAAUCUCAACCCCCUUCUCCCUAUCAUCCCCCACGACACGAGGGAUACUAUCCUCACCAAACCAGGUGUUCUUCGAAUCCUAAUCCAAAUCUAGAUCGAGAUAGGCGUUAUGCAAAUCAUGACAGUGGGUAUGGGGCGUAUGAUGGCUAUGGAUAUGGCUAUGAAGCGUAUGAGUACGAAGAGUAUGGAUAUGGGUAUGAGGAGGGGUACGGGUAUGGAUACGGCUACGGGGAAGGAGAUGAUAACGAGGAGGUUCGAGAGGUGGUGAGGAGUUUACAUGGUGGGCGCAUGGGCACGGGGAGGAUGAUGGCGUUGGAGGGGUGGGAAGUUGAUGGGUGUGGUGUGAGGUGA